AUGAUGGAGGUCGAAGACCCUUACAACAUUGGAGGAUUCAGCAGCUCAGACGAUGACCAAAACGAGAGGUACUUCAGUUAAUCACAGCUUUUGCGACUAAUACGCGAAAUUAUAUUACCGCCGCCCGGUUGAAAAUUUGUUUGACACAAACACUUGAGUGAUUUCUUGUUUCCUGAAAUUUCACAGACGGCCAUCUAACAACGUCGAUACACACAUACCUGUGGAUUUAUCCAUCAUUUACUUUGGUUGGUCGCGUUCUGUAGCAUGCUUAUAUGCCGGUUAACCUUUUAUAAACCCAUUUUAUUGCGAAAGCAUGCAGAAAGAAUGUUCAAUCUACGUUGUAUUGACGUAAAAUCAAAACCACGCGUACUGAGGCGUCAAUUUCCAAGUUGUGUAGGGGGAUAGGAAUGAUAAGGAUGUUUAUAACUUAGGCAGCUGUUACUGACAUCUCUUUUCUUUGGCCCACGGGUGGAAAAUGCAGAGUUGACACAUUUUGUGAGUGCUUUCCAUUUGCCCAACAGUGUCAUGUGCGAGCAGAAAGGGUGGUCCUCCUUCCCUCUUUGCCUCUUAUCGCCCCCUGCGUGCUCCCUUUCCCCCUCCCCCCAGCCUCCUAGUGACGCAGAUGUAGAGGAGAGAGGAACACAGCACUCGGCGGUGUUGAUUGAAACUUUCUGGAUGGCCCCCCUUAUACAUGUAUAAUUGUACCUUCAGUUACACUGGCAGAAAUGUUUGAUAGCCCCCCUAUACUAAAAUCUAACCUGAAAAACCCAUGCCCCGCCCUGAAACAAAAAAUCGCGAUUAUGAACCCUGCCUUAAUGUAAUUUUUGAUUGUGUUGAUGUUUUACUAAACCUUGUGAUCCUUGGUUGUUGAUUUUAAACUUCCCUUAUUUUCAUUCUCUUUUGGACUAUAAUCUUUAAGUUCUGAGGAUGAACUUGGAGUGGAAGAUUUAUUAAAACAUCAAAAACAACAGUCACCCUCUAGCAGUGAAGAUGAGUUUGAAAAAGAAAUGGAGAUGGAGAUGGAAAAUGUGAUGAAGGCCUAUGAGGAUAAACAUGGUAAGUUUUAAUAGAGGACGUGUCUUUGGCUGUGGCUUCCAUUUACCAGGAAAUUCUGGUUGGGAUGCACAUGGUACACAUUUUUUUCUACACUUAGAAACAGACAUUCAGAACCGAACGUCAGAAAAAUUUGCCAAGUAUACGACGAUAUUUUAUCUUUUUAUAUCAGAUCUCUGAUAUCAGAUUUCCUGAUUCUUUUACUAUGAAACUCACUAAACUGUGAACACCAGAAAUGCCAGGAAAGUUAUUGUGUUGUGAGGAAAAAGCCAAAAGGGUGUGAGCAAACUAAACUGCAAACAGCAAUGCAACAGUUAUUAGUUUGUGGUUUUGAGGUUUGCUCGUAAGUCGUUAACUCGGUCUUGUAAUUGGUCAUCAAUUUAGGUGCUCAUGGUUUUCUGAGUUUAAUGUAAUUUAUUGUAAUGUUCCAGUAUAGUUGUUGGUCUACAUCAUAAUAUUAUUGUAUAUUAGGUCAGAAGACCCUUAUGAUUAAGUCUGGCUUCCAGUUGACUCUCUCUUCAAUAAUAAGAAAUAGUAGAAAAAAUAUUGUUUCUUAUUAUAAGGAACACAAAACAUUUUUUUAAAUAAUUAAAAUUAGCCAACACUUGGGAAUAAGGAGUACAAUCAAGUCAUGUAUUUAAAAUAUGUAAAUUAAAAAUUAACUGCCUUUAAAAUUAGUAUGAUUUUUUUACAAGAAAUGUGGAGCAAAUUAUCACUAGAAAGAGAUACAAGCAUAAGACAACCAAUUGCUAUUCAGGAAAAAGUAAACUGUAAAUUUGGAGCUAAGAACUAAAAUAUAAUAUUAUUGUGAUAGUGUAAACAUCUCUAACGAUGGUAUGAAGAACUAAUUUAAACAUAUUUUCAAGGAAGAUUAGUUUCCUGGGAAUUGUAACUGGACAUCUGCCCAGUUGAAUUCACUCAAAACUUGAGUCUGUCUUUUGAAAAGAUACAGUACUUGCCAGUUUGGCUCCACUUUGGCUAGGAUGUUAUUUUAUCUAAAAGUAAUAUUUGAAAAUUUCUUAGUGAUUUUUGUUAAUGCACAAGUUUUUUUUAAUUUUAGUUUUAAAAGUAACACCUCAUUCCUUUGAGACUGGUCUUGAGGCUAACUGAUCUUUAAUUUAAGCUAUUAACUGCAAUCAAAUAAUAAAAGCAUUUCUUGCUGGCUGCUCUCCAUAUGGUUUUUUUGUGAUACUGAUGAGAAGUUUUUAAAAUCAUUUCUUAUUUUUGUCAUAGGUCAAAAUUUUAUUCAGGUUUCAAUGGUUUAGCCCUAGUUUGAUCCCCAGCUUCCUUUUUCACGAAGCCUAAUUGCUAAUGAUAAGCUGUUUCUAAAAUGCCCCCCCAGUAAGGGAGUUCUGCUACACUGCUACAGCUUGUUUCCAAGUGCUUUUACUGAUUCCAGUUAACCCCCCCCCCCCUGGAUAUAAAACCCCUCCUUUAUAAGCUCUUCUAAAAUGUUAACUCCUUAAUUUUUUACGAAGAUUUAUAAACCGGGUAAAGAGGUUCCAUAUUCCUGUAAAUAAAGGAACUAACCCAAGGCUUUAGUUAACAAAAAAUUGUGGGUUUUUUUUUAUGAAAAAUUUGUCCAUCCAUUAAGCCAUAACCUUUGCUCAUUGUGUCUGCUUUACUACUGGAGACAAAUCAUGGGAAAUGUCUGUAUGAUACUUAACAAGGACAUUUAAAUUUGAAUAAAUAUUUUAGGUGAUAAUGCAGAACAGAAGACCAUCCUGCACACUGAAAAUCCUCAAAAUGACUCCAGUGCAAAAGCUGACGGCAAUGGAACAACUGAAGAAACAAAUUAUGUCUAUUCAGAAGAUUACUUUAGCUCAGGCUCAGAUGAUGAGCAUUUAGUUGGUGGGCAAGGAUCAAAGUCUAAAGAACGGAGGAAAAUGUUAACAAAUGAUGAACUUUUGUAUGACCCAGACAUGGAUGAUGAGGAUGAAAAGUGGGUUAUAAAACAGAGACGUGACCACAGACAAAAAGGUUUGACGUGACAACCUGUUGCUCCUAACCCUCUUUAUUUCGCACUUGUAACCUUUAGUUGUCCUGAUUAUUUUGUUAUUACUCCAUGUAAAAGCCUCUCUUAUGCUGUUUAAGGGGGGGGUAUAACAACUGGUAGAAAUUUUGUUAUUUAUAAUAAUUAUCUGUCAGUCAACUUGACUGUGGAAAACUGAGUUUGAGUCAAAUAAUGUGAUAGUUAACACUUCAAAUUAUUUGAUGAUGUUCAAGUAUUAUUUCUGUAUACAUGUUUUUUGUUUUAUUGCAAAAAUUCCAGACAGCUGGGGAUUAUUAAGUUUCUUCCAGAUUGCUCCAUCAAUUUGUGACUAAACUGGAUAUUGACAGCAAAACCAGCAAAGAAAACUUUAUGACAUCGCAACAUUCACUCUACUGUUCUACCAAGCAGAAGACAGUGGCACCAACAAACUAUUUGAAGCCAUUUCGGAUUGUCAAAAUAAAUUUUUCGAUGGUCAAGGAUGAUGUACAUAGGAUAUAUCUGCUUGUAACUUCUCAACGUGUCUAUCUUACAGGUCAAAAUUAAAUUCAGGUUAAAUUUUUUAGCCUCGGUUGAUUCUCAAUUUUCUUUGUCUCCUUGCAUAAUUGAAUUAGGGCAAGGAGACAGGAAAUUGAGAAUCAAACCGGGUUAAAAAAUUUAACCUGAAUUUAAUUUUGACCUGUAACAUCUUCAUCAACCUGGACCAGAAAUUUCCUCUGUUUUCCCAAUUGGAAAUUAGAAAGAUAUGCCUACUCACUGAAGGCCUUCAAAACCAGGCUGUCAAGCCACUUUCAAUGGAGAAUUACAAAGAAAAAUUCUAUGUUAAUUAUGAGAGGAAUUGGUAUCACUAGGUGAUAUGAGACAUUAUUAAUAUGUAUUCACAUUUAAAUUAGAAAGAUUUGCCUACUCACUGAAGGCCUUCAAAACCAGGCUGUCAAGCUGCUCUCCAUGGAGUAUUACAAAGAAAAAUUCAAUGUGAAUUAUGAGAGGAAUUGGCAUCACCAGGUGAUAUGAGAAAUUAUUAAUAUAUAUUCACAUUAAUUCAUUGAUAAUUUUUUUACAGUGUGUGAGCAAACAAAAAACAGUGCAAGUACCCAUGAAAAUCAAGGGACAAGUCCGGCAAAUAAAAAGAAAGCCAGAACAUCAAAACAGGAAGUGGAGAAAGUCCCAUCUAGUGAUGCUAUAUUAUCUUGUCCAGCCUGCAUGACAACACUGUGUAUUGAUUGCCAGAGGUUAGUUCUGAACAAAUGAUUCUGGCCUUUGAUGAGUGAGGAUAAAAUUCUGUCAAGUGACGUGACCUUGAAACAGCAAUAUAAGACUAGAUAAAAGUGGUGGCAAACAACAAAAAGGUUAAAUUCUGACAGGGACAUGGCUUUUUAAACUCCUCAAAAUGCAUAGACCAUAUUUGGAAUUCAGACUAGGGACAUAUGUACCCUCCCCCCCUCCCCCUCUAAGAGGGCCUCUUUGACUUCCUUACAUGUAAAUGCUCAAAUUAGUACCCUGGGUGCCUAUUUAAUUUCCUGAGUUGAAAGGAGGCACUUCUGCCAAGGUAUAUGCUCAUUUUGAGGGCACUUGUCUAGUUCUUUAGAAUUUUAGCCUCAUUGUGUUAGUGUCUUUGUAUUAAGUGAACAAAAGUAUAACAUUAAACAGGGCAACUAAGACAAGCCUUUUGACAUAUUUUACUGUGUGGCGCGAAAUUUUUGCAGGUUCUAAUUUUUGCGAUUUUUCCGCGAUCCGGAAAAAUAAGUUCCCACAAAUAAAAAUUACCGCAAACAUUUUUCCUGCAAAAAUUUACUCCAGAGUAAAUUCUCUAACUUUCAUUUAAUAUGGUCAUCAAUGGGCCAAAAAAAUUUGGCGGUAAUAAUGAGGUGACUGUAUUAACAAGGGUUUUUUUACAAGAAAAUGUAUGGUCGUUUUGCCGGUCGGCUAAAAAAAGUGGUGGUAAUAAUGAGGAGACUGUAUUACUGAGGUGGCUGUAAGCCGGGGUACCACUGUAUUUGAAAUUCAGACUAGGGACAUAUGUACCCCCCCACCCCCUCCCCCCCCCAACAGGACGUCUAUAUUAAUUAGUAAGGUGUGGUGGGGUUGAAGUUUCUAAUAACAAGGGAAUACAAUUUUUAGCCUAAAGAGGGGCCCCAAGUUUUAAUUUGAAAGGGACACUUAUUUAAAGCUGGGCGUUUGUAUUGUUGUCUAAUAACCCAGGAUUGAAUGCAUAAGUAUAUAUUCAACUGGCUUUGUUUGUCAUUUCCGCUUAUUCUAUAGGUAUGAUAUGAUAAAAGUGAACUGUUAUUCAUAAGGACACUAAUAGCAAUGGCUAUCAAUAAGAGUUGUGCAACUCAUAAGUUUUCUCUUAGCACGGAUUCUCUAUUAUUAUUAUUAUCAUUAUGUUUUUAUUUUUAUGUUAGUUGAUUUGUUUGCCCCCUUUUUAUUGCAGGCAUGAGAUAUACAAAAACCAGUACAGAGCAAUGUUUGUUAUGAACUGUAAAGUUGUAGAGGAUGAAGUUUUACGAUAUGAGCCUCCCCAGAAACGUAACUCAGGAAAAAAGAGAAAAAAGGGACAGAAAGGAAAACUAGUACAUGAAAUGGACAAUGAUAGCAAUUUGACUACAAUUACUGGUGCAGCGUCGACGGAUCGUUAUCAUCCUGUCACUUGCACAGAAUGUAGCUCAGAAGUUGCCGUUUAUGACACCGAUGAAGUGUACCAUUUUUUCAAUGUGCUAGCAAGCCAUGCUUGA